AAAAAAAACAAACCUCCCUUCCUAGACUGGAAAGUGACUAGAGCCAGCAAGCAGGUGUCCCAGUGCGUUCCCAUGAGGUGGCCAUUUGGGUUCACGAACCGAUGGGAUGUCGGGAGUUUGCAGGGAUGCAGAGGUGGGCCAAAUCUAGAUACCUUGCACUCGCACCCCCUGAGGCACAAAAUGCCGAGAAGAGCUGUUCUGUCAACCAGAGAGACGGGCUCCACGUGGCUGCGGGGCAGGUUCCCUGGAGGGAAGGACACCCAUGGAGCUGGCCAGUGAGACUGAUGCUGGCAGACCCGGCACGAUCAGACAGUGACCCUGAACUGGGUGUAGCUGUAAAUGCUCAAAAUACCGUAAAAGGACCAGAACAGAAGAGACUGCAACAGUUUGGACCACUGAGUUACAUUUUUUCAGACAGGGAACACACUUUGAUCCUCCGAGUGAUGGUCUGAUAGAGAGCUGGGAUGGACAGUUACAACAUUGGUUGUCGGAAACGGGGAGACAGACAGGAAGGGCCGGCCGACACGGCUUCACAAGUGUGUGCUCAAAACUCACCGUGAGGGGGUCCCGGGAGGGUGGCUGCCAGCCAGACUGCUCUGCUUUUCGGGGGACUCUAGGGAAGAGGGGUGCAGAGGAGGCUGGUAUGCCCAUGCGAUUCUUCCAUAGGAGGGAGACGAUGGUAUGACGACGCUUUUUUCUUUCUUCCCCACAUUUCUUCAACCUUCUUUUCUCCACCCGAUGCAGAGAUCCCAGGAGCAAGGCAGCAGCUCCCAUGUGUCCGAAGUAAGGAUGGUUCCCAAGCAAGAAAAUGUAACUAUACCCUUCAACUGUUAUGUCCUAAUUUCUAAGGGCCUGAUGGGGGGUGUUGUGCCUUCCCAUCUGGCUAAGUGGGGGUCAUGUCUGAAUGCGGCUGUAUUCGGGAACAGGGUAGGAAUGGCCCAGCCAAAGCGCACCUGUGCGGCACCUGUGCGUGGGAGAGGACUGCGGGGAGGCACUUGCUGCACUAACCUUGCUGCCUGCAACCUGGCCCAGCACAGCAGCUGAACGUAGUGUCCUUUCCAAAGGUUGAAAAGUUUGGAUAUAAAUGGAGAGAAGGAGAAACAGUAGCCGCAGGGUGAAUGUACAUAUUGCUGAAAUCACUCCUGCCCUGGAACCUGACAAGAUCAAACAGAAGCCUGCAAACCUGAGUGGCCUCGCCAGGAAACAUUUUGGCCCCGGAUUUACUGCUAUGGGGAGCUCCUGCACCAGGUUCAGAUGGCGAAGCUCUACCAGGACGACGAGCAGUUUGUGGACAUGCCACUGUCCUCGACCCCAGACCGAGUUCUGCAGCACUUCCGGGAGCUGGCCGCCCGCCACAACCACAGCAUUCCCACACCACUGCUUCGCGCCUUCAUCCAGGAACACUUCCAGGCCGCGGGGCAGGAGCUGCAGCCCUGGACCCUCGAGGACUGGAAGGACAGCCCCUGGUUCCUGCAGAAGAUCUCAGACCCCAAGCUGCGAAUCUGGGGGGAGCAGCUGCACCAGCUCUGGAAGAAACUGGGAAAGAAGGUGUGACUGCCCUGGGUGUUGGCAGGGGGUACUGAGCUGGGAGACGGUUUCGCCGGCUUGGGGCUCACUUUGCCUGUAGAGCACAGAGAGGGAGACAUUUCCUAAAAGUCUGUACCCUAUCCACUGGGUCCUUGAAAAGAGUUCUCUAGAAGGAAUUUCUGGAGGGGUAGAAGGGAACAUCUACUUCAAACUUCUCACCUCCUCACCAUCCUCCCCCCAGGCAAAUUCAGCCUGUCCUGUCACCUCCAGGCUGCCCAAAUGGGCUCUCCCUUCCCUGAUCUCCUCUGGUCAGGCCUCUGCUCAGGAAUAUUUGCCACUGCUGAUUGUGGCCUGUGGUCAGCACUGUCUGUUAUGUACUUUCUCUCCUUUGUCUGAGGCUCAGAGAGGGCAGAGGUUUGCCCGAGGCUGCACAGCAUCUGUCCUCCCAGCCGGCCCCCGGGGCCCUGGCACCCGCUGGCACAGAGUGGUGCUCCAGGACCCUUUCCCACCCAGCCCCACAGGAGCAAACCCAGCUCUCUUCCACGACGCCCCUCAAAAUAACUGACAGCCCACCGCUCUCCCACUGAAACCACACUCACUGGGACAGAACCAGGAGGCCAUGAACAGAGAAAGUACCUGAAGGAGGCAGCCAUCUCUACUCUGGUCCUACAGUUGCUCUCCCGAGGCCACGUUCAUGUACGCCUGUCUCACUGGGAAAGCAGUUUGGGGUUUCCUUUCUCCUUACAAAUAAAACUGCCAGUUACUUCACCCGCAAAAGGGGGUUCGUUUAGGAACAGCAGAGAACGGCCAUCUGGGCUGAGUAAACCACAGGGAAACCGUGGGCAAGUCAGCAGAACGCAGAACAGGAACGCUGCCUUGUGGAGGAAGGGGGGCAUUGGGAAGGCUGCUGCGAACAACAAGCCCUUUGCGGUAAACUGGGGCCUUCUGAGUACGGUGGCUUUUCAUUGGCUGAGUUGUGACAGCCUCUCAUUGGCUGGGCUGUUGCUGGGGAGGAAGAAACCUACCCCUUCGGCUGGGAGAGUAAGGCAGCAUCCACUUGCUAGUUGGGAUCUGCACUUGACAAAGAGUCAGGGCAGGAGGGCUUCACCUGCCAGCCUCCCGGAGGUUGUGAAUGAGGUUUCCUUUCAUUCAUUUUCACACUCCACGCCUGGGUCAGAGGAUGCGGGCCCUGAGUCUCUGGGCCUGGCUUGGUGGUGGCCCCAGAGACGAGGCCAGGGGAGUGGAGGACGUGGUCCCCCUGGCCGGUCCUGAUAAUGGCCAUUGUUUGGUGAGCACCUGCCAGGGCCGGGCUGGGUCAGUCAGGACUCCAGAGGCCCCCACGUGGGGCCGAGCAGACCAGGCUCCCGCAGCUCAGGCCUUGACCUCAGCCGUACCCGGCUGACCAGCAGCAGAGCCAGAACUCGUGCUCUGGCUCCCUGGCUCCAAAGCCGCAGCUGCCAGGGACCCCCCCACCCCA